GGGAGGGGAGGUGGAGGGGAGGUGUGGGGGCCGAGAGGAGGUGACUCUCCGCCACGGCAUUUACACGCAGCGAAAGGAUCAUGGCGGAUGGCCCCAGGUGUAAGCGCAGAAAGCAAGCGAACCCAAAGAGGACGAGCGUGAGUAACUACAGCAAUGUACUGGAAGGCCAGUCAGACUCUGAUGAUGAAGAUAAGCUCCAUAUCGUGGAGGAAGAUGCAACCCCCAUGGAUGGAGCUGACGGUGAGAGUGUUGCCCAUGAUGAUGAUGCCAACGGCCCUGACGACCGAUGGGAUGAAGUGAAAGAGGAAUGUGUCUCAGAGGAGGAUGAGAGGAGUAGGGAUGCUCUUGUUGAGGAAAUGCUUCAGCAGGGAGACACUGCCGUCAUCUUCCCAGAGGCACCAGAAGAUGAACCACGCCAAGGAACACCGGAGACCAGCGGCCAUGAUGAGAAUGGCACACCAGAUGCGUUUUCUCAGCUCCUCACCUGUCCCUACUGUUCCCGCGGCUACAAGCGCUACACGUCGCUGAAGGAGCACAUAAAGUAUAGACACGAGAAGAGCGAGGACAACUUCAGCUGCUCGCUUUGCAGCUACACUUUCUCCCACCGUACACAGCUCGACCGACACAUGAGCGCACACAAAGCAGGCAGAGACCAGCGGCAUGUAACCCAAACAGGGGGUGGAGGAAACCGUAAGUUUAAGUGCACUGAAUGUGGCAAAGCUUUCAAGUACAAACACCACCUGAAAGAACACCUGCGUAUCCACAGUGGAGAGAAGCCAUACGAGUGCCCCAACUGUAAAAAGCGUUUCUCUCACUCCGGCUCCUACAGUUCCCAUAUCAGCAGCAAGAAAUGCAUUGGCCUCAUUUCCGUCAAUGGCCGACCUCGACCCUUGCCAACCACAGGAGGCACCAAAACCCCUCAGUGUCCUUCACCAUCCCUGCCCUCCUCCCCUGCCACUGCCCGGACUCAGAUCCGGGACAAACUGGACCAUAGUAAACCCCUGCAGGAGCAGCUCCCUAUCACACAGAUUAAGUCUGAGCCAUUGGACUAUGAGUACAAGCCUGUGGUAGUUGCCCCAGCUGCCCCUGGAGGAGUAAAUGGGGUUUUCCAAGGAGGGGCAGCAGCACCCCUACAGGGAGCAGUGCAGGCUGUGGUCCUCCCCACUGUAGGACUGGUCUCCCCAAUCAGCAUUAAUCUAGGGGACUUGCAGAACAUGCUGAAGGUGGCAGUGGAUGGGAAUGUGAUCAGGCAGGUGUUGGAGAAUGCCCAGGCCAAAGGCCAGCCUGCAAACACUGGCAGAGUGGCUAUUGCACAGGCUCCUCAGCAAGUCAUCCAAGCCAUCAGUCUUCCCAUUGUUGACCAGGAUGGUACCACCAAGAUCAUAAUCAACUACAGCCUUGACCCCUCGCAGGCUCAGGCAGCUCUGCAGAACUUGAAGAAAGAGCCGGUGGGCCAGAAUACAGACUCCUGCAAGGCUGAACGACUACCUGAGGACCUGACGGUUAAAAGCAAGACAACCAGGGAUAAAACCACCAUCACUGUGGAUGAAGAGUGGCAGCAAGAGAAGGGCAAACUCUACAAUCACACAACAGACAAACACUGUGUCAAGGAGGAACAGGAGGUUAAUGGAACACACUUGGAGGAGAAGUCUGAAGAUGCUGAUGGACUGUGUCCUGGGCAGCCCCCACUGAAGAACCUUAUGUCCUUGCUUAAGGCUUACUUUGCCUUAAACGCAGAACCCACCAAGGAAGCGCUGGCAAAGAUAUCAGAGUCAGUCAAUCUCCCUACUGAUAUUGUCAGGAAGUGGUUUGAGAAGAUGCAGAAUGGGCAGAUUCCAAUGGAGAUCUCCACAGCCACACCCCAGAAAGAACAGUCUAAUGGGAUAGACAUUAAUGGCACUCCGGAGGAAACCCCCAAGUCGGUGUCAGAGCAGGACAGCAAAAGGAACCAAGAGGAGGAAGAGGAGAUGGAGCUUCGUAGCCCAGCAGAGGGCACUACAGCUGGUAUAAGUGGAGCAGAAAAUGGCCCCACAUCCCCUUUACCACUAAAUCUAUCUGCAGAUGGGCCUGUGCCAGCCCAGACAGCAGAGGAAGGAGAGGGACCUCUUGAUUUGUCUCUCCCAAAAUCUGUAGCAGCAGCAAAUACAACCAGCGCUCACUCUGUUUACUCAGCUCAGGACGAGCCUCUAAACUUGGUUUGCACAAAGAAGGAAGUGCUCAGCAAUGCAAGCACCAGCACUGCCAUCUAUGCCAGCCAAACAAGUGCCAAUCCCCUGAACAUUGUGACCACUCAACUGCCCACCCUGGUGGCUAUCACCAAGCAAGGCCCUGGGCAGUGUCUGCGUACCCUCACCACCACUAAACAGACCAUUUUAAUCCCACAGCUAGCCUACACCUACACCACUACAGCCUCCAGCCCAGCAGGGGGUGACACACCACAGAAGGCCAUACUGCAUGUCAACGGUGUUAAGGAGGAGAAACAGGAGGCCGGUUCAGAGGCAGCCUCUGUGCUGGAGGAGCAAACAGACUCAGACUCUGGGCCGGUGAGGAAGAAGAUGAAGAAGACUGACAAUGGCUUAUAUGCCUGUGACCUGUGUGACAAAAUCUUCCAGAAGAGCAGCUCGCUGCUCCGGCAUAAAUACGAACACACAGGUAAACGUCCUCAUGAAUGCGGGAUCUGCAGCAAAGCUUUCAAACACAAGCACCACCUGAUCGAGCACCUGCGUCUGCACUCGGGAGAAAAGCCGUACCAGUGUGACAAGUGUGGCAAGCGCUUCUCUCACUCCGGCUCCUACUCGCAGCACAUGAACCACCGCUACUCAUACUGUAAGAAGGAGGCACACGGCCAGAACCUGGUGCAGAGGGACGAAGAGGAGGAGAACCCCAACGAAGAGCAGGCUGGAGCAGCAAGCACCGCCGCCUCGCCCCCGUCUCAGGUGGACUCGGAUGAACGAGGAAGCAGUGCCAGAGAGGACGAGGAGAGCGAGGAGGAAGACGCGAUGGGCUCGGGGAGCAUGGUGGACGAGGACGAAAUUCAGGUGGUGAGGAUCGGCGAGGAAGGAGGAGAGGAUGAGGAAGACACCGGAGAGCAGUACAGGAUGGAGGAGAUGGACACAGGAAAUGAGGAGGCGGUUAGGGAGAAUGGAGGACAUGAGGAGGAUACAGUGAAAAGUCAAGAAGAGGGAGAAGAAGAUGGAGAGAUGAUGAAAGUUGUUGUGAUGCAGGAUGAUGAGGGAGAUGAAGAAGAGCAGACGGAAAUCACAGAAGCGAUGGACAUGCAGGAAAACAUAGGAGAGGAAAAAGCCGAGGAUGAAGGAGAAAAUGUGAAGGAGGACGGUGGAAAUGAAGGAACCACACCCAGUGAAAAUGGAGAUGUGAAAUGAAGAGAAAUCACAUCAGGGCUUUUCUCGCUCUUAUACUUUGCUACUUAGUUUUACAAAAACUUUACUAAUUUGAACAAAGACUGCAGAUGUGGCUGCUUCCAGAGGAUUGCAGGAAAUGGUGAAAGAAGGAAGGAAGGAAGAGCGCGAGAGUGCAAGAGCUCUAUCGUUGCAUUUUAUCCCACUACUGUGUAUAAAACCCCUUGUGUGCCUGAUGAUAAAACAAACUAGUGUUUUUUUCCCACAUAAGGACAUUUUUCAGUGUUUAUGGUUUGUAUAAAUACAAAGUUUAAUGGAAAAAAAAAUGACAUAUACAGACUGAAAGCUAGACACGUUUUAGCUAAUAACGUUUUAUUACUAAAACACCUUGGGUUUCUUUUUAUCAGUGUUACUAAUUUUUUUUUGUCACUCUUGUUUAAACCUUUUAAAAAAAAGGCUGUACAGUUGGGAGAGAUUUCUAUACAUUUUUAUUGCCAAUGAACAAAACUCAGUAUUUUAUUGCAUAUGAAGGAAAAAAAAAAAGAUCCUGUGCACUACCAUUCUCCCAGUUUACGGAUGAACACCUCUGUGGGCCUUGUUUAAUGUCUACCUUUCAGUAUUAAUACUCUCAAGCUAACCCGUGUGUCACGCUAGUCUACGCUAGCUCAACAUCUGUCUGUCUAUUUUGUUUGGAAGUGGUCUGUGAACCUUAAACAUAAGAAAAAAAUUGGGGGUGGUACACAAUCCUAGAUCCAAAAAAAAAAACAAGAAAAACAACAUUGAGAUUUUAAAGAAAUGUGAGUAAUUACAUGGGUCUAAUUUGCCCCCUCGCUACCCCCAGACCCUCCCUUAUGCAAAAGCAUAAGUUAAGCAUGUGUUAAGUGCCAUUGCACAGAGCUGGUGCACUUCUUUCACAAUCUUCUUCAACAGCAUGUUCCCAAUGUGGUAGCAAACCUGUGACCCCUGACCCUGAACCACUAGUCCUAACCCAAGGACUGUUCCUGCCUCUUAAAAGGAACAAAUGAAUUUUUACAAACGGUCAGGAAUCAAAGAACAAAACGUUUCCAGCUCUGAAGUGUUUCUGUGUCCCCUGUUUAACGCACUUCUUCAUCUCAUUAACUGCGCGUUCACUUUUACUUCAGGUAUUAAAUAUGAACCCACCAUUACCUUUCACCUCUAAUUUUUUUUUCUACUUGCAUAACAGUCAGUAUUAAAUUUGUGUUCUGUUUGUUUCUCAGUGAACAUUGUGUAAUGUUUGUUUGCAGUCAUGGCAGUAUUAUUUCCUCACCCUCUUCAUCAGUAUAAGUUUAGUUUUAGAGACCUUUUAUAUUUAUGUCUUAUUUUUUUAUAUUUUUUUUCCUUUAUGGUUAUUUAUUACACAAUGUAGUGUACAAUAUUGUAGUUUGUAUUAAUACAAUAAUAUAUUUUAGUAUGAAGAAUAAUUUCGAAGAAUGAAUGAAUACAAAGCUAGGGAGAGCUCUCUGGCAUUUCGAAGUGUUUUAAAAACAGAAAGAGUAUUAUUUUCACAUUUUCAAUUCUUUGAUUUUUUUUUUUUUUUAAAACAGACACCCAGUAUUUGAAAUAUUGGAGAUUUCUCUUCUCACAUUGCUCAUCAUUGUGUUACUUUCCCCACUAGACUUGGAAGCUACUGAACAUUGAUAAUUUAAUUGUAUGCUACACGUGCAGACGUCCUUAACCACAAAACUGUGCUACUCUUUUACAAAGCCAAAAUGUUGUCAAUGAGGAAGUUUUUUAUGUUUUAUUUGUGCCAAUGUGUUAACAGCAUGGCCACAACUUGUUUUAUAUGUCCCUGUUUUAAUCUGUGGUUAUAUAUUUUUUAUAGAUAGGUUUUCUUUUUUGUUUGUUUGGUUGGUUUGUUUUUUAAAGACUCCCCGUCUCACAAUAAAAUAAAAUCAAGAAUUCA